AACAUGACAGUCAUGUGACGUAGAGUCAUGUGGCGCAGUCACUUCCUACCAAUUCUCUCGAACGCUGCAACACGAUUCAGUUCUAUUAUGUCGUCCUAGUGGACUCCUUUACAGAACAUCCAGACUAAUCAAGCAUGUUUUUACCCAACCAAGGCCGGCAUCGUUCGCCCCUGGGGCCGCUGCUAUGCUACGCGGCGUAUGUGGGAUAUUUGCUGGUCUGGUCCGGAGCGGCGGCGACAAGCCUGUGGUACCAGGACCUCUGCAGCUACAAAUGGGAGGCCAUCGACCUGGAUAAUAAAAUAAGCUAUACUCUCAAGCUGUGUGAUUCCUCCCCAUCCACCAUGUGCGGUGAAGGCACAGCCGUCUGCGCCCAUGACCUGACCAGCAACAUUUACCAAUCUGUUGGUGAGCUGUCUAUGCAGACGCCGUCAGGUACCGUGCUGGAUUACAACAGCACGGUCAAAUGUCCUGCAAGUGACAACAACUUCCAGACUACUAUUGGCUUCCAGUGUGGGAAAACUAUGGGCACACCAGAAUUUGUGGCCGUGUCUCAGUGCAUGCAUUACUUUGAGUGGAGGACCUACGUCGCAUGCAAGAGCGACAAGUUCAAGCCUCACAAAGAGGUGCCCUGCUUUGCCUUCGACUCGGACGGUAAGAAACACGACCUCAGUCCUCUGAUCAAAAUAAGCGACGGCUACCUGGUGGAUGACGGAGACGACAGCUUGGACUUCUACAUCAACAUCUGCCGCAGCAUCAAUGGGUCGGAAGCACGUUGUCCAGAAGGUUCAGCAGCCUGCCUUGUAACCAAGGACGUGGCCUACGACAUGGGCUCCCCCACCAAGCCCUUGCAGCUCUUAUCCAAUGACAGACUCAGGUUACAGUACCAAGCGAGUGCCGACUUGACUCCAGUCUUCUGCAAUGGACACACUCCUGCCGUCACCAUCAGUUUCAUCUGUCCUUCAAGCAGACAUUCAGGCAGCACUCCUAAAAUGACGGCGGAGGCCAACUGCCGGUAUGAGGUGGAGUGGGCCACGGAAUACGCCUGUCACAGAGAUUAUUUGGAGAGCAAAACGUGCAAACUCACCAGCCAGCAGCAUGACAUCUCCGUCGAUUUGACCCCUCUCACACUAAGCUCCAAAGACCAUCCAUACUACGCCCAUUCUUCAAACAGUGACGGGACAGAAAGCUACAUCUACUACUUGAACGUGUGUGGAAAAGUCCCCACGGAAGAAUGCAGCAACCUGGGAGAGUUUGUAUCAUCCUGCCAGGUGAAAAAAACAGGCAACGUCAAGAAGGUAGCUGGUAGAUAUCAGAACCAGACCCUACGUUAUUCUGAUGGAGAUCUGACUUUGAUCUACCCUGAGGGCACCAAGUGCUCCACUGGCUUUCAGAGGGUGACCAUCAUCAACUUUGAGUGUAACAGGAAUGCAACCAAUAGUGGCAUAGGAGCACCGGUAUUUGUUGGGGAAAACGACUGCACUUACUACUUUAACUGGCAGACGGCGCACGCCUGUGUCAAGGAGAAAGAAGAUCUUCUGUGCCGGGUCAAAGAUGGCAGCAAGCAUUACGACCUUUCACCUCUCACAAAAUACCCUGGAUCAGACUUGAAUGUGAACUGGGAGGCAGUUGAUGCUGAAUCCCCAGAAGACAACUUGAAGCGCUUCUACCUCAACGUUUGCCACAAAGUCAUCCAGGCAGAAGGAGCUGCCGGCUGUCCGGAGAACGCUGCCAUUUGUGCCGUAGAUAAAGACAAUAAAGUCAUCAGCCUGGGCAGCUUCCUUUCCUCUCCCCAGAAGACUGAAAAAGGAGAUGACAUCAGACUGGUGUACACUGAUGGAGAUUUAUGUAGCAAAACAACAAAGAUUCAAACUAUCCUGACGCUCAAGUGCAAGCCAGGAGAGCUGAAGAGCGCUCCCGUCCUUCGCAGCGUUUCGUCUGAUCAUUGUGUUUACGAGCUGGAGUGGUACACCGCCGCCGCAUGCGUCCUCUCCAAAACACAGGGGGACAACUGCAAGGUGGAGGACGCACAGGCAGGCUUUUCUUUCGACUUGUCGCCACUCUCUAAGGCCGACGGCGGCUUCUACAACCUGACCAACGACAACUAUGACUAUUACAUCAACGUGUGCGGCCCGGUUAAAGCUGCCACUUGUCCUGAAAAGGCUGGCGCGUGUCAAGUAGAAAAAAGUAGUUGGAGUCUUGGUGAUGCAAACUCCGGACUGUCCUACUAUGACGGCCUAAUCCAGUUGUCGUACAGCAAUGGUUCCCAGUACAACAAUGAACAGCACACACGCCGAUCCACACUCAUAUCCUUCCUCUGUGAUCCUGAAGCGGGCGCUGGAAAACCUGAAUUCCAGGUGGAGGACCAGUACACGUAUAACUUCCGCUGGUAUACAUCAUACGCGUGUCCUGAAAGACCUCAUGAAUGUUUGGUGACGGAUCCCAACACUCUUGACCAGUAUGACUUAUCCAGCUUGUCUCGCACAUCCUCCGCUGGCAACUGGCAAGCAAUGGACCUGUCUGACACUAUGAACCUGAGGAAGUAUUACAUCAACAUAUGUCGACCCAUCAACGCCAUCAUGGGUUGCGACCGCCAUGCCUCUGUCUGCCAGAUGAAGUACACCACCACUCAGGGUUUUCCCAAGGAAGAGGUGUCCGUCAGCAACAUGGGUAUUUCCAAGCGUGGCCCGAUCAUUGAGGGGCGGGACCGGCUAAUGCUGGAGUACACAGAUGGCGCCACCUGCGAGUCCGAUGGCCAGAUGUUGACGUACACAACACGCAUCCACCUUGUGUGUUCUAGGGGAACUCUGUCAAUGGGCCCCCGAUUCCUCAUGUACCAAAACUGUACAGCCAACUUCAUAUGGGAGACCAAGGCCGCCUGCGCCAUCACCAUUACCAAGAACAAUAGUUGUGCUGUGAUUGACCCCAACACCGGCUUGGAGUUCAACCUACAGCCUCUCGCCUCCAAGACUGGAUACAAGACCAGAGCCAAUGGAAAGGACUUCCUGGUGAACAUCUGUUCGGAUCUGGCAGAAUGUGGACCAGGAAUGACGGGCUGCGAACUGGAAGACGGGCAUCCCGUUAGCCCGGUGGGGGUGGAGAAGACCCUGCAGUACUCCACAGAAGGCCUACUUAAACUAACAUACAAAGGGCCUCGGGAUGAUUCUACAGCAACUCGGGACACCUUCACCAUCAAUUUCGUGUGCAAUCAAACAGCUCACCCAGGCUCAUUGAAGCUGCUGCGGGAAGACUUGAGCACGUUACCCAGCCAUGUUGUUCACGAUGUGCUCUUUGAGUUCUCUACCGCGUUGGCCUGCAUUCCUGCCCCGGUGGUCUGCCGCGUCAUUGAUUCACAUGGAAAUGAGUAUGACCUAAGUCAUCUAGUCCGAGGUGGAGAGGACAGACCUUGGGUUGCCAUAGAUACGGAUGUAGUAACGUCACGCAGCUUCUACAUCAACAUCUGCAAACCCCUCCCGCCUCAGAAGGACUGUCCCGUUGGUCCUUUGGGUGCUUGUGGGGUGAUUGGCAGCACCAGUUACAACCUGGGUCUGGUCCAGGCCAGCCCCCAGGUGGCAGAGGAUGGCUCCAUUAGCAUCCUCUAUCAUAAUGGGGACCCUUGUGGUGCUUCGUCACGCUACUCGACACGCAUCAUCUUGCUCUGUGACGACAGCCCAGGUUCCCCCAUGUUCGACCGGCAGGAUGGCUGUGAGUAUGUCUUUAUCUGGAGGACGUCUGAAGCCUGUCCCAUCAGGAAGUCCCAAGGGGAUGAGUGUCGUGUCCAUGAUCCAAGGAGUGGCUACGAGUUCAAUCUGAACUCCCUGAAGGGGAAAGAUUACCAAGUGAAAAGUGACAAGUACAUCUACCAUCUGUCUGUCUGCGACGGGCUCCAAAGAGGCGUUUGCACUGACAAAGACACAGGAAGCAACAUUGUCUCCUCGUGCCAAGUGAAAGAAAGCAACCAUAAGAUAGCAGGAAUGGCAAACCAGCUUCUGAGUUUUGUGGGAGAUCAGCUCAUCCUUAACUACACCAAUGGAGAAAAGUGCCACCAGACAUACCAGAGAUCCACAGAGAUCUAUUUCUCCUGUCACCCUGACAGGAACCCUGGAGCGCCAGAGUUCAUCAAGGAAACCCCAGACUGCACGUACUUGUUUAGCUGGCCCACUGCUCUUGCAUGCAUUCCUGUCAAAACCACCAGCUGCUCCUACCAUGACGAUAUAGGACAUUCGUAUGAUCUCUCACCUCUGGCCAUGGAGACUCAAAAUUGGGAGGUGGAGCCUUCGACUGACGACCCCAGCAAACGAUUUUACAUCAACGUCUGCAGGUCACUGGUUCUGCAGGGAGGUUCAUGGAAGUGUCCGUCCAACACUGCGUCCUGCAUGAAGGUUGGGAAUGAAUAUGUCAGUUUGGGGGAAGUGAAGACAGGUCCUACGUGGGACAAGAGUGUGCUGAAACUACAGUACACCAAUGGCCAGGCCUGUCCUGACGGAGUCCGCAAGAAAAGCACCGUCAUUCGAUUCAAGUGUGACAAAAAACAAGUAGAAUCCCGACCAACCCUUAUUUCUGCCAUUGAGGAGUGUUUGUACACCUUCUUGUGGCUAACAGCUGCCGCCUGCCCUCUGAACAGCAGCCAGCAUGACGGCUGUAGAGUUGCCAACCCAGCUACAGGUCAUUUGUUUGACCUUAACAGUCUGACUCGGGUUGGAGGCUACACUGUAUAUGACCACGAUGAGCACAGGAGGAUGUUCCGCAUGAACAUUUGUGGAGAUGUGGCCAAUGCUGGAUGUCGUCCCGGAACAGGUGUGUGCAUUAAAGAUGGCACUAGCGUUUUGAGCGGCGGCCAGUCCAGCAGGAAGCUCUCGUACAAGGACCAAGUUGUGGAGCUGACUUAUGAAGGAGGAAGUACGUGUCCCGCAGACCCCGCCCGCAAACACAACACUGUCAUCCACUUUAUCUGCAAGCCACCCAGCAUGAGCUCAGCCCCUUCAGAACUCGUCAUUAUUGACUCCAAUGCCGACACCUGCACACACUUGUUUGCUUUCCAUACACACAUGGUGUGCGAACAACCCGUAACUUGUUCGGUCCAGAACGGCUCUGCGAUUAUUGACCUAACACCUCUGAUCCAUGUCAAUGGGUACUACACUGCCAUAGAUGAUGAGGUGGACCAAAACGAUGAUUCUCCAGACUUUUACAUCAACAUAUGUCAACCUCUUAACCCCAUCCCAGGGGUCAUCUGCCCUCCGGGUGCCGCUGUCUGUAUGGACCCAGACAAAGGGCCCCCAAUUGACAUUGGGCGGACUACGAGUGGCCCUCAGAUCAGCACAACAGGCGGCGUGUCCAUCACCUACUUCAGCUCCACCAAGUGUGCAUCGGACCCAGCACAGAACUACACUUCCACCAUUAUUUUCACCUGCCAGAGGGGAGUGGAGCUGGGCUCCCCUCGCAUGCUCAGGUUGCAGGGUUGCGUGUACAUUUUUGAAUGGGCGACGCCUGUCGUCUGCUCUGAUGCCACCCACUCCAGCGGAUGCCAGCUCACCGACUCUCAGCUGCAGUUCACCUUUGACCUGUCAUCACUCACAGGUCAAGUGCAGGUCCCACUAGGCUCCAACAGCUACUUAAUCAACGUGUGCAGCUCAGUGGCAGAGCCGGCUUGCAAAGGAAGCUCCGUUUGCCGAGUGUCAGGCUCCAGCUCCGACAAAUCAGCAUUAUCAUUCGGCAUCAGCAAGGCUAUGACAAUGGAUUUUAGGCACGAGCAGCAGGCUGUUCUAAUGCAAUAUGGUGGUGGCGAUCCAUGCCCUCCCGUAACACAAGAGGGUGAGGCGUGCGUGUUUCCCUUCACAUCCAUGAAACGGUCGUACACUGAAUGUACAACAGACGACAGGGCCGAUGGCAGAAAGUGGUGCGCAACCACCGCCAACUAUGAUGAGGACAAGAAAUGGGGUUUCUGCCAGCCAGCAUCUGCCAAGCGUCAGUCAUCCAUAUUGUUUGGAUGCGACCCGUCCGCAGGCCACGGCUCCCCACAGCUGCUCUCAGAAACUGCAGGCUGUUCAGCCACUUUUCAGUGGAAAACCAGUGCUGUGUGCCCCCCCAGGAAGAUGGAGUGUAAGCUAGUAAAUCAACAUCAGACCUUUGACUUGCGAGCCCUGUCCUCCCUCACCGAGCCAUGGAAGUUCAGCCGUCAUGGCGACGCAUAUUACAUCAACCUGUGUCAGGGGAUUCACGGGGGACUGACUGAUUGUCCCGAGGAUGCCACAGUGUGUCGUCGCACCGCAGCAGGAAGGACUCAGAUGCUGGGUCGCGUCCACACUCAGAUAAUGAGCUACACUGACGGAAAGAUUUACAUUAGCUAUUCAGCCGGUGAUGACGUGUGUGGUAACGGCGUGGCAGCAAAGACAGAGAUCCAGCUGACAUGCGGCUCCACUGUGGGACACCCUGCUAUUGUGAGCGUCAACAAGGUGUCCUGCCUCUUUGUGAUUGGCUGGGAGACUCGCUGGGCGUGUGCAAUCAAGCAGCGUGAGGUGGAAUUGGUGAACGGUACCAUACAGAAUCCUGAUACCGGCACCAUCCUCAGCCUGGGAGAGCUUUACUUCAGCCCUCACCAGGCCUCUGGAGAUAUCCGGUCCAAUGGUGACCGCUACAUCUACCACAUCCAGUUGUCUGGCCUGACCAACAGCUCCCUACCGAGCUGCGUUGGUGCCAACAUCUGCCAGGUCAAACUAAAUGGAACCUACAGACGCAGAAUUGGCUACUCCAGCAAAGCCAAAUAUUACAUUAAAGGAGGAAACCUGGACGUGAUGGUGCCUUCUGAGUCAACGUGCGGGCGGGAGACGACCAAAAUGGUGUAUUCUACCAUCAUGUUCCAGUGUAACCCUUCGGCGGGAAUGGGCAUCCCAGAGUUCAUGCUGGAGACGGAUGGAUGCCAGUAUCUGUUUGUGUGGCACACUAAUGCCGUGUGCGGCCUGACGACCGUGGACGCAGGUACGGAUGAUGACGACAUUGUUCCAGCUCUUGCCAGGAGGAGCCAGGUUGCGGGCGUGCUGAUGAGCCUCCUCCUGGCGGGGCUGAUUGUAUGUCUGCUAGCAUUCCUGCUGCGUAAGAGGGAGAGAAGAGAGAUGGUGAUUCAGAAAGUUGCUGGAUGCUGCAGGAGAGGAAACCAAGUCUCAUAUAAAUAUUCUAAGGUCAACAUGGAUGAAGAUGCAGGGGAGGAUGAGAUGGAGUGGCUGAUGGAGGAACUCGAGGCCCCACCUACGUCCUCUCACCGGGGACGAAGUAACCAUAGCAACGGUCACAUCAAGACCAAAGCGGUGAACACGGACGGCCUGCGCUCCUUUUCGCUGGAUGAGCAAGAAGAUGACAGCGAGGACGAGGUCUUGAGCGUCCCGGGCGUGCGAGUGGUCAAGUCAUCGUCCGCCCAUCGCAGCGUCUUCCUGAAGGAGGAGAGCGAUGAGGACCUGGUGGGCCUCCUGGACGAGCCCAACAAGAACAGGAAGAGCAGCAAAGCUCAGUCAUCCGUUCGUAGCAACACGGUAGCCAAGGGAAGGCGGGAGGACGACGACAGUGACGAGGACCUCCUGAGGGUGUGACGGGUCCUCCCCUGCCCACCAUCAUGACUAUUCUUUUUCAGUGAAUGUCGCCAUAGCAACACCCUCAGCAAACUGACACUUUUCCUUCUCAUUUUGGGAUUAAUUUUGACCGACUGCACCCUGCUCAGACUCUACCGUGUAGAUCGCCAUUUUGGCACCUUAUUUAUUGACGGCUGAUUUAUUUAAAGCGCUUCUUGGCUCUCGUGAUUCCCCGCAAUGAUCCAUGCUGCAUCACUGACGCCGCCAUUACGUCGCAGCCGUCUCGAAAAGACUUCAGAGGCCCGAUGAGAAUCCACCGGACAACCCAAAAACACAAGUGUUUCUCAACAUGUCGAUUACUUUUUUGAAAACAUUGAUUGUAGCUGUGCCAUUUUCUUUAGCACUUUAUACCAAGCUAAUGUACACGUCUCUUUGCAGAGUUGUUAUCAAGGAGCCUUUUAGGUCUUUUAAGAUGUCUUGUUCGGCAAGGCGGCUCAGUGGUAAAACGAGUCAUGACGGCUUUCAAGCAAGAAUCUCCAAGCUAAGUGGGACGUAGGCAAUGCAGGUCAGUGAUGAGGUCAGCUUUUAAAGGGAAUGAGGACGCCUGUUGGUCUUUUUGUGAUGUUUACGUCUUUUCUGCCCCGAAAAGCCAGCGUAAGGCCUUUUCAUGAAUAGAUUGUUGUAUCGUUGUGGAUUUUGUACAUAGCUUAUCACUUCACACGCAUUAGUUUUUAUGAUUAUUUAAGUGUGUGAGCGGACUCCGCCAAAGGUUGAGUCCUUUUUAGAGUGAAGGCGGUGGUUAUUUAGACCCGCCCAUUUCUCACUGAAGCCAUAUUCUCCACCUGGAGUCGUCGUCGUUGGGACUGCGCUGUCACACAUUUUAGCUCAGAAUGUUUUUUUGUUUUGUUUUCCCAAAAUAAUAAUUUCUCAACCAAAUGCAUGCCAAGGGCAACAAGUUCCAGCUAGCUGAACACAGAAUCAUUGAUUAGUGAGUGAUUGGUUAAUUGUCUUAAGUCAUUUUUUAAAGUAUUUUCAAACACUAUUUGUUUACGAUUAUGUAUUUUCUGAUGUGCUAAACAAAACACUUGAGAGUAGAAUAUGAAGAAUUUAAGUGUUAUGUCAAACCUUUGCAUUGGAUCUUAGUAUUUGACGUAGCAGACACAAGAAGCAUAUUUCUGUGUUCAAGCUCACAGGAUCAGGGAGGUUUCUAUCACUCAUUUCAUUCUUCAUCUCCUCUAUCUUCUUGAUCGUGUUGUCAUUCAGCAUGCGGAGCAUCGUGAAAGUUAACACUCCACUCCCUUGGUUGAAGACGGGUUCGUGUCUUUGGUACUGGAUUUUCAAAAGUUCUUGUUGCCUCAAAUGUCUUAAUGCGGGCUCGCGUGCGCGGUACGAUUGUUGUGGCAUCAAAGAACAGGAAGUUGUCGUGGAGAAAAGCACAAGAAGAUAAGGAUUAUGUACGAUGUUGAUCAUCAUUAUGCUUUUGUUGUCUGUUAUAUUUUUUGCUAUUUAAAAGAAUCUGAAUGUAAGAGAUUGUUGCUUUAUUUGAAUAAAUACCAGAUAAAUUA